GUCCGAAAGGUGAAAAGGGUGACAAAGGGGAAAAAGGCGAGAGCGUCAGAGGUCCUCCAGGGCCUCCUGGUCCGCCUGGUCGUGACGAGGAUUGGCUAAUGAAGAUACCACAGGGACCACCUGGUCAGAAGGGAGACCCCGGCACUUGCACCUGCAACGCCACGGCCUUAAUGUCUUCCUUUACGAUGCCAAAGAUGAUACAAGGGCCGAAGGGUGAGCCAGGAGUACCCGGACAGGAGGGCAAGCAGGGCUUAAUGGGUCUCACGGGUGCGGCAGGACCGCCAGGAGAAAGAGGACUUCAUGGUCCAUCCGGGGCUAAAGGUGACAAGGGUGAUAUUGGAAUAGCGGGACCGGAAGGUUCUCAAGGUCAAAAGGGCGAACCGGGUCGAGAUGGAAUACCCGGUGAAAAGGGUGCUCAAGGUCCGCCGGGGCCGCCUGGAAAAGGAGAAUUUUCUGGCUAUGACCCGGAAGGUAUCACAAUGAGACCAGGACUUCCCGGACAAAAAGGUGAACCAGGCAUUUCAGGAAAUCCUGGCCCUAAAGGCGAAGCUGGAAUACCAGGAUCCAAAGGUGUCAAAGGCGAACCUGGAUAUAAAGGUGUCAAGGGCGAUCAUGGGAAAGAUGGUCCCAGAGGAAUUCAGGGUUUCAAAGGUGAACCUGGCGCACCCGGUGCACCUGGAUUACCCGGCGCACCUGGAGAAAACGGGCGACCGGCGGAAAAAGGUGAUAAAGGCGAUACAGGACCUGAAGGAAAACUAGGACCUCCAGGACCACCCGGUCCACCCGGGGUUAGCGGUCCCGGUGGUAUAAACGUGGGAGAUCUAGGAUUUGGCUCAAAAGGGGAUAAGGGCGACAGUGGAGCGCGCGGAUACAAGGGUGAUAAGGGCACAAAGGGCGAGAAGGGUACUAAGGGUGACGCCGGACCAGCUGGUAUUCCCGGAAUAAACGGUAUUCAAGGGCCUCAAGGAGAUAAAGGCGAACCUGGUAAAGACGGAGUAUCAGGAUUACCCGGCAUACCUGGCGCUAAAGGCGAAAGAGGUGAGAGAGGUCCUCCUGGAGCCACUACCGUCGCCAAUUCCGGAGACUAUAUCACCAUCAAAGGUGAGAAAGGCGCUGAAGGAAAACGGGGUAGAAGAGGACGACCUGGACCGCCUGGUCCCGUGGGUCCUCCCGGAAAGCCAGGAAAUACGGGAGAAAUCGGUCUACCAGGAUGGAUGGGUCGUCCUGGAACUCCUGGAAUUCCGGGAAGUAUCGGACCAAUGGGACCCAAGGGAGAAAAAGGGGAACCUGGCGCACCGAGUCCUUACGGUGUUUCUGUCGGUAUCAAAGGCGACAAAGGAGAUGACGGUUUUCCCGGAAUUCCUGGACAGCCGGGAAGAGAGGGCCAAAGAGGACCUCCAGGACCUCCCGGAUCUCCUGGAAUACCAUCUAAAGGAAACUAUUAUCCAGUUCCAGGACCUCCGGGUCCUCCCGGACCUCCUGGUCCACCUGGCUUGUCUUUAAUCGGACAGAAAGGAGAACCCGGGAUCGGUAGAAGUCACGUUUUCGGCGAAAGAGAUUACUACCCCUCUAGGCAAGGAGCCAGAAGUAGUCUAGACGAAUUGAAAGCUCUACGUGAACUCAAGCAACUGAAAGAACUGAAAGAGCAAUUAGGUGUUGUUACUGCCGCUACAAGGGGACCUUUAGAAAGUACAACGAAAAUUGUGCCAGGAGCUGUUACGUUCCAAAACACAGAAGCUAUGACAAAAAUGUCUAGUGUUAGUCCAGUUGGGACUUUGGCUUAUAUCAUAGACGAACAAGCUUUACUAGUCAGAGUUAAUAAUGGAUGGCAAUACAUUGCACUCGGAUCACUUUUGCCUAUUACAACGCCAGCACCACCAACGACAUCACCACCGCCAGCAAACCCUCCUUUUGAAGCAUCCAACUUAAUUAACCAAAUACCCGUGAAAGCCGACGGAACAGGAUUGAGAAUGGCUGCGUUGAAUGAGCCGUUUACCGGAGAUAUGCAUGGUAUACGAGGAGCAGACUACGCUUGUUAUCGACAAGCAAGGCGAGCAGGCUUGAGAGGUACCUUCCGCGCUUUCCUCAGUUCUCGAGUUCAAAAUGUCGAUAGUAUUGUCAGAUUAGGAGAUCGAGAUCUUCCUAUAGUUAACAUAAAGGGCGACGUGCUAUUCAACUCUUGGAAAGAGAUGUUCAAUGGAAAUGGGGCAUAUUUCUCUCAGAAUCCCAGAAUCUACAGCUUCAAUGGAAAGAAUAUUCUCACUGACUUCGCAUGGCCCGAGAAAGUUGCGUGGCAUGGCUCUCACAAACUCGGUGAUCGAGCCAUGGACACUUAUUGCGACGCCUGGCACUCGAGCAGUUCGGAUCGUUAUGGACUAGGCUCGCCGUUGACCGGCGGUCGACUGUUAGAACAAGUACGAUACUCGUGCGACAAUAAAUUCGCGCUGCUCUGCAUUGAGGUGACGAGCGAGUUGGUGAGGAGACGACGAGAUGCCGACAAUCGGCUAGACGACGACGUCGAGAUGUCGGAGAACGAUUAUAUGGAAUACUUGGAGGAAUUUAUGCAAUACUGAAUACUUCGCACCUUCGACCAUCCUUUCGCGACGCG